AUGGGGUCAAAUGUACCACACCUACUAGUGUGGUCACUCGUCUGGAUAGCACUGCUUGCCGUAGGUGAAGCGAAUAGUUCACCAUGUACAAUCGAGAUCGCGCAAGGUAUGCUGACCGGUCUGAUGAGAACGAAACAAACCGAUACAGGAUGUGAGGGAGCAUGGAACGGACUGCAAGCACACCUCCAACAAGCUCAACAGAACCUAACCGAAUGUCACCAGCGUGCGGAAUCUUCCGACGAUGUCGACACAGCCCAGACGUCCUGCAAACAAUCGUUCAGCGAGUUGGAAAAACAAAUGGCACAGGCGCGUGAGAAGCUUAACGCCGACAUGAAGCGUAAGCUGCAGUACGAGAUAAUCGAGACCGCUAAGGCGAAAAGGGAAAUGGUUAAACUAAAAAGCCAGCUGAAAACCGUCCAGGUUGAGUUUAAAGAAUUCUACCAACGAUUGCUUCUAGUCUAUAUCGACGCUGCCGACACACGGGGUGCACUGCACUACUACCACCUACUGGUAUCGUUGAACGAAACAAACCUGCUCAAAACUGUGGUAAAGUUCGUCUAUAUCUCCCCGCGACACGCAAACCGACGGCUGGAGAACUUGCUUGCACUGGUGAAGCAUCUACCAACCGCCAACGAACAGAUGGAACUGUACAGGUUAGUUCAACCGGAGAUCAUGAAAAGUACCACCCAGCAGUUAAGCUACCUCGCCAUGAUUGCAUCGCUCGAUAUGGGCAGGUUUGUGAAAGAGAAACAAGAGACCGAUUUCAAAACGAUGCGCGACACCAUGUUUAAGCACAUCCUUGCGCGGUGGAAGUUCCAAAUGCUGAGCGGAAACUAUCAAGACGUAGUAGCGUUUGCUAAGAAAUAUCCGCAGUACUACAAGAAGAUAGGCGCACGGAUAGCAACGGUUCAACCGCAGUAUUGGUUCAAAUUCAGCUACAGCCAGUUCGUAACGUACCCCAAUCUGUUACCGCUGCCCAACCAACGGCUGGUCGCAUUCGAGACUAUAGCGCGACAAGUGAAGGAACGGAACAAGACGCACUUCCCGUACUACCUUGCGAAGCUCGCCAAGCAGGUGGAUAUAUGCGAGAAGUACAUCAAGCAAAACUACGACGAGCUGGACAGCAAGGAGGAGGUGGUCAAGCUGAAGAUGAAGUUUCUGGAGUUUGACAAAAAGAAUGGAUAUGAGUACUAUCUGAAGAAUACGGACAGCCUGACCAAGAAAAAACCACCAAUACCGGGUACCGCCAGCAAACCUAGAAACAGGGGUGGCCGUUAA